GAUGAUAUUUAGAGGAGUGGAGGUGGGUGAAGAAGCCACAGCCACCGUCUCCAUAGCAAAAGCUCAAAGCACAGAGCAACGUAGAAAAGGAGCAGGGAGUCCUUCAUUGUCUCUGAGAGUCACAGAUUUUCAGCUCAUUUUUCGUUUUGGCCUAGAUUUUCUGCAACCUCCAUGGCUAAUGCAGCGUCGGGAUUUGCUGUGGAUGAUGACUGCAAGCUGAAGUUUCUGGAAUUGAAGGCUAAAAGAACGUACCGCUUCAUAGUAUUCAAGAUUGAGGAGGAGCAAAAGCAGGUGAUUGUGGAGAAACUUGGCGAGCCAGCUGAAAGCUAUGAAAACUUUACUGCAAGCCUUCCCGCUGAUGAAUGCAGAUAUGCUGUCUAUGAUUUUGACUUUGUGACUGAGGAGAAUUGUCAGAAAAGCAGGAUUUUCUUCAUUGCAUGGUCUCCUGAUACAUCAAGGGUGAGAAGCAAGAUGAUUUAUGCAAGCUCCAAGGACAGGUUCAAGAGAGAACUGGAUGGUAUACAAGUAGAGCUGCAGGCUACUGAUCCGACUGAGAUUGGUCUUGAUGUUAUCAAAAGUCGUGCCAGCUAAGAAGUCUGGCGUUUAUUUAUGGCGAUUUUUCUCAACCUCUGUUUUACUUUUAAGUGAAAUGUUAAUAGUUUGUGGUGCUGUGAACCUGACUGAAUUAUAAUACUUGGUUUGUUGUUCAAGUUUUACCUUACAGUCUUACCUUCGUCUAGAACAAAUUCUGUGAUCUCAGUUUAUAUAGGAAGAUGGCAGAACAUAUGCAAUGAGUGUCUGAGUUUCUCCUAAUAGUUAUAUCUAGAUGCUAAGUUAUAUCAUCUCCUGAAGGUAGAAACACCGGAUUUGUUUUUUCAA